CAAUCCCCAAAACCAACACUAACAGUGACCUGAGCUCAAAGCUCCCGACGGAGCAACACCACCACCCCGACAUGGAGUCAAUAGCGAGGAUCUCGACGUUGCUCGAGAAUGCCCGAGAACUCACCCUCGACGCUGCCUCGGCCGCCCGAAGCUCGCGGAGCGCAUCCCGACCCCUCGACCGCACCCAGGUUAAGAAGCUGUUAGAUAGUCGCAAUGAGCGCGAGGUUCUUGACGGACUACGGCGUGUCACUUCGAUGAUGUACCGCGGCCAGAAAACACUCCCUCUAUUCUCGUCCGUCGUCAAGAAUGUCGCGUCCCCGAAUCUCGAGAUUAAAAAGCUGGUUUACAUCUACCUCAUCCACCAUGCCGAACAGGAGCCCGAUCUCGCCCUCCUAUCCAUCAACACCAUCCAGAAAUCGCUGUCAGAUACGAACCCCCAGGUGCGGGCGCUGGCCCUGCGCACCAUGUCGGGCAUCCGGGUGCCGGUUAUCAGCCAGAUCGUGUCACUGGCUAUCCGGAAGGGAGCCGGGGACAUGAGCCCAUAUGUUAGACGCGCCGCAGCGUUGGCCAUUCCGAAGUGCUACCGACUCGACCCCUCACAACUACCCCAGCUUCUGGAAUACCUCUCGACCCUGCUCGGCGACAAACAAUACUAUGUGGCUGGUGCGGCAGUGACGGCAUUCAUGACCAUCUGUCCUGAGCGGAUAGACUUGAUACACAAACAUUACCGGAGCUUGGUCAAGAUGGUGGUGGAUAUGGACGAGUGGAGCCAGCUGUCGACACUGCGGUUAAUGACCGUUUAUGCGCGGAAGUGCUUUCCGAGGAGGACGAAGCCCGUCAAGCGUAAGGAGAGGGCAGCCGACCUUCAGGACUUUUACGGCGAAAGGUCGGAGGACAGCUCGGAGGCUGAACAGGUGGCGGUCCUCGACUCCGACCUCGAGCUCCUCCUGAAUAGCAUCAAGCCCCUCUUGCAGUCUCGCAACUCUGGUGUUGUGGUGGCCGUCGCAAGGUGCUACUCUGCCAUCGGCACACCAGAGUACACCAAGUCGGCCAUAGGGCCCUUGGUAGCGCUACUCCGUGGCGCCCAGGACAUCCAACAAGUCGCCCUAUUCAACAUCGUCUCAAUUUGCCUCAGUUGCCCAGCGGACUUUGUCAAGUACGCCACUCAUUUUCUGGUCCGCGCAACGGACACACAGCAAGUGUGGGAACUCAAGCUGGAAAUGCUCACGCUUAUCUUCCCCCACGCACCGACACACGUCAAGAGCCUCAUCCUCAACGAGUUGGAGCACUUCAGCCGUGGCUCCGACAAGCUGCUCGUCAGGGAGGCCGUAAGAGCGAUUGGGCGGUGCGCUCAAAGGGAUACCGCCACCGCACCUCGCUGUCUACGCCUGCUCCUGGGGCAGAUCACCAGUCUAGACGGCACCUUAGCAGCGGAAAGCUUAACCGUCAUCCGCCACCUCAUCCAACAAGACCCAACGGCGCACGUCGCAACCGUGGUCCGCCUCGCCAAGAACCUCGACUCCGCCACCGACCCUCAAGCCCGCGCAAGCAUCAUCUGGCUCGUCGGCGAAUUUUCGGGGCUCAAUGGGGAGGACAACAUCGCGGCCGACGUGCUGCGCAUCCUCGUCAAAGACUUCGCCUCCGAAUCCGAACUCGCCAAGCGCCAAAUCGUCCUGCUCGGCGCAAAAGUCUACCUACACUACCUCAACCGCAAGGUGGAAGAAUCCCAAACCCAAUCCAGCUCCGAGUCACAACCCCAGCCCGAAUUCGACGACAACCCCUUCCAACCCCCACCCCCGACCGGCGGCGGCCCAAAGCUCCUCGAGGACGACGACCACCCGGUCGCCAAGCUCUGGCGCUACCUCCUCCUGCUCGUGCGCUACGACACCUCGUACGACCUGCGCGACCGCACCCGCCUGUACAAGUCCCUGCUGUCGGUACCGCAGCUCGCCACCCUCAUGCUGCUCGCCCCCAAGCCCGCACCGCAGGCGCCCAGCCCGUCCGAGACGCGCCGCGGGUACACCCUCGGCUCGGCCGCGCUGGUUUUGGCCGGUGGUGGCGGCGUGCACGGCCUGCGCGGGUACGAGGACUUGCCGGGUUGGGUGGAGGAGGGCAGCGAGCCGGAUGCGCGGUUGCGGGAGGUGGAGGGUGGGGCGGAGCGGUAUGGCGAGAAGAGGGUUGUUCCAGCGGCUGAGGGGCUCGAUGCGGCUGCGGGAGUCUCGUCCAUGUCCUCUGCUGGCGCGCGGGCGUCGCCUUCUGCCGGUGGUGGUGGUGGUGGUGGGGGCGUGAGGGGCCCGAAGGCGGCGAAUGGGGUGGGUGAGAAGACGUUGGAUGAUUGGUUGGCUGAGGAGGGGAGUGAAGAAGAAGAGGAGGAGGAGGAAGAGGAGGACGAGGAGGAGUCUGGUGAGGAGGAAGAAUCUGAGGAGGAGGAGGAGGGUGAAGAUAGUGAGGAGGAGGAAGAGGAAGAGGAAGAGGAGGAGAGUGAAGAGGAGUCGGAUGAGGAUGCGAGGCUCAUGCGACCUUCUUGA